AUGACGGAAACAAAUGAACCUGUUGCCAGCAAUGUCAUGACCGGUGAGCCUAAUUUCGGCAGCACCAUGGCACCAACAAUGACCCUCCCCGAACAACCACAACUAUCCUUGGCCCCUCAGCAAGACACCAACCCUCCGUUGCAACAGACGCAGCCUGCCCCUGAACGACCUAGCAAGAAGGCUUCGGGUCAGUCACGUCAGAAGAAAAGUGGCAAUGCCUCCAGCUCUGCCGCUCCUGGUCCCCAGGACGAUGGGAUGCCAUCGGCUUUUUCCAAGAAACGACGCGGUCGUCCUCCUGGCCGUCCAAACACAACGGUCAAAGAGUCUGAGUACGAGAGUGACCCCUUAGUCCAGAAAUGGAAUGCGGCAAAAGCCGAACGGGCUGUUUCUGUUGUAACAAUCGGCAUCCGGGAAGCCUUAACGGAGCAGUCUUUGGUCCAUGAAAUCCAAAGAACCAUCUUCAAGCUUCCCAGUCGCGAGCUUAUUGAAAAACGCAAGGCUAAGGACCAGCUUCCAGCCCCUCCUCAACCUGAUGACAAUGCAACCAACGAGGCGGCUUCCCGGUCUGCUCCUCGUGAGGAACUGGUUACCCAACCUCAAGCUCUUCAUAACCAAGGCCUGCCCAAUCAACCUGGCCAUUUAAUGGUACAAAAUGGGCAUCUACCGGCAGAGGGAACUUCGACUUCAUCCACCUUUUCCGAAGCAGAUGGAUCUCAGCUAGCCGGCUCUGCAAACCAGACCAACCAUCUCACUCAUUCACAUUUUCUUCAUACAAAUCCUGACCAAGACCCUACAGGUGCCCACGAAGCGGGUGCGGUCGAUGGCGACACGGAGUUUGUGGAUGCUCAGUUGGCAGAGCAGCUGUUACCCGAGAUUGGGCGUCAUGAGUCAUGA